UCCAUGCCCUUCGAGAGAAGAGGCUCCCCAGGCAGGCAGCGGUUGCCUUGACACCCGGGAAAGCUCCCCGGCCCUAGUCAGAGGGUCUCCUCCUCCUCCCAGCCCCCCUACGACGCCCCACAUGGCUCCCCUGGCCCACCUGGGCGGCUUCCUCGGCGGCGGCCUGGAGGGCUUGAGCCAGACGGUGGGCUCCCACUUCCUGCUGCCCCCGGCCGGGGAGAGGCCGCCCCUGCUGCUGGGCGACCGCCUGAACCAGGCCGAGAGGGGCUCCCGGGGGGGACUCCAGGGCCCCGCCGAGCUGGCCCAUUUGCAAGGCAUCCUCCGGAGGAGGCAACUCUACUGCCGGACUGGCUUCCACCUCCAGAUCCUGCCCGACGGAAGCGUCCAAGGCACCCGCCAGGACCACAGUCUCUUCGGUAUCCUUGAAUUCAUCAGUGUGGCUGUGGGGCUAGUCAGCAUUCGUGGAGUGGACAGUGGACUCUAUCUUGGAAUGAAUGAAAAAGGAGAGCUAUAUGGCUCUGAGAAGCUCACUCCUGAAUGUGUCUUCAGAGAACAGUUUGAAGAGAACUGGUAUAAUACUUACUCCUCCAACCUGUACAAGCAUGGGGACUCUGGGAGACACUAUUUUGUGGCCCUUAACAAAGAUGGCAGCCCCAGAGAUGGGGCCAGGUCCAAAAGACACCAGAAAUUCACCCACUUCUUGCCCAGGCCAGUGGACCCUGAGAGAGUGCCUGAACUUUACAAGGAUGUGUUAGUUUUCACCUGAAACUGAAAAAUAGAUGUGGAAUAGAAUCCGUGCCUCGACAAUAUCAAAAGCAGGAAGAACCUCUGAAUGCUGAGGAACUCCCGAGGUCUGGGAAGCUAGAAGGUCAGAAGAUCUGUUUAGUGGUAGACAAGUUUCCAUUGUCUAAAGUCUGGAUUUAGGAGAAUGAAUGGAAAACCAAGAGGACUGAUGACUUUUAGGUUUAUUCUAUCUUGUGUUGGACUAGUAGACAAGAGAAGAUGGAACAGGGUUCAGACCAAACUGGUUUGGAUUACUUUUUCCGGAAGCUGGAACAACUACCUAAAAUAUGUGGAGAUGGACUGUAGAAACAGAUAACUUGCCGGGACAAAGAAUCAAUGGCAAGCUAGUGAGAAAAAAACAAGAUCACCCAUGCAGAUCUUCUACAUGAGGUGACGUGAACUUGUUUGAACGUUGAAAUGAAAUCUGGAUUUGUUUUUCCCAUUCGGGAUGGACCUAAUUUAUAUACAUUCAAAGUACAUAUAUUUAUUUUAAAUAUUUAUUUAUUACAGAGUUUAUUUUUUACUGGAUGAUGAAGACAGCACAAGCCUUUAUCCCACCAGAAAUCAUUUAUGGUGCCAAGAUUUACUCCAAAGUCACAUUAAAGGUGCAAAAUGAAAAGGGGCAGGACAUCCCUAAACACUAUGAAUGGAAUAGCAUUCCUUUAAUAUCAUUAUGAUGAGAUGAUCAUCUCUUUUUAUGUCUGUGCCUUAAACAAGAAAAUGCCUUGGUUGCUUUACAACUUAUGAGAUCGCCUCCUGUAUGUGUACUGAAUUAAACAUGCACAUUAAAAAGGGAAUAAA